AACAAAAUAUCUUCACUCACUUCUUUUGUCUUUUGGUGUGGAGAAGCUUUGAUGAUCAUUAUCCAUGACGAUUCUUAGCUCGUCUCCUUCACUGUGUUCUCUCAAGAUUUUCCGAUCAUCCUCUCGGGAUUCUCUUAUCGACGCUGCUUUCUUCGGGAAUAGGACAAAGGCGUCUCAGUCUUUCAAUCUCCGGCUCCGAAUGCAGGUCGUUUCGAGUAUCUCGGCUUCUCUUACAUGUAGUAGUGCCGGUGAAGAUUUCCCUGUAGACUAUGAGCAGUGGCUACCAAUUCAUGAUUCAGAUAGCCGGAGAAGAGCCGGUGUUUUGCUCCACCCGACGUCGUUUCGCGGUCCUCAUGGCAUUGGUGAUCUCGGAGAAGAAGCGUUCCGGUUCAUCGAUUGGCUUCAUUCUACUGGUUGUUCAGUUUGGCAGGUUCUUCCUCUUGUUCCUCCAGACGAAGGAGGAUCUCCUUAUGCAGGACAGGAUGCAAAUUGUGGGAAUACAUUGUUGAUUUCUCUGGAUGAGCUUGUAAAAGACGGCUUGUUAAUGAAGGAUGAGCUCCCACAGCCAAUUGAUGCUGAUUGUGUCAACUAUCAAAUUGCCGACAAGUUAAAGACUCCGUUGAUAACUAAGGCAGCAAAGAGGCUUAUUGGUGGCAAUGGUGAACUGAAGAGCAAACUGCAAGAUUUCCGUACUGACCCCUCUAUAUCAUGUUGGCUUGAAGAUGCUGCUUAUUUUGCAGCUAUAGACAAUACUUUAAAUGCAUACAGUUGGUUUGAGUGGCCUGAACCACUUAAAAACCGUCAUCUUUCAGCAAUGGAAGCUAUAUAUCAAAGUCAAAAGGAGUUCAUAGACUUGUUCAUUGCUAAACAAUUUUUGUUCCAAAGGCAGUGGCAGAAAGUUCGUGAGUAUGCACAGAGUAAAGGAGUCAAUAUAAUGGGAGAUAUGCCCAUCUAUGUAGGAUAUCACAGUGCAGAUGUUUGGGCAAAUAAGAAGCAUUUCUUACUGAAUAGGAAAGGCUUUCCGCUUCUAGUUAGUGGCGUUCCUCCUGAUCUAUUCAGUGAAACGGGUCAACUGUGGGGAAGCCCUCUUUAUGACUGGAAAGCAAUGGAGACUGACCACUAUUCUUGGUGGGUUAAUCGGCUACGACGAGCACAGGACUUGUAUGACGAAUGCAGGAUCGAUCAUUUCAGAGGAUUUGCAGGGUUUUGGGCAGUCUCUUCUGAAGCUAAAGUUGCCACGGUUGGAAGAUGGAAGGUAGGACCCGGAAAGUCUUUAUUUGAUGCCAUUUCGAGCGGUGUUGGGAAGAUCAAAAUCAUAGCUGAAGAUUUGGGAGUUAUUACUAGAGAUGUAGUUGAGCUGAGGAAAUCAAUCGGAGCACCUGGAAUGGCGGUCCUCCAGUUUGCUUUUGGAGGCGGCGCCGAUAACCCACAUUUACCUCAUAAUCACGAAGUUAACCAAGUUGUAUACUCUGGAACUCAUGACAACGACACUAUUCGUGGGUGGUGGGACAAUCUGGACCAAGAAGAAAAGUCUAAGGCAAUGAAAUACCUGUCAAUAGCUGAAGAAGACGAUAUCUCAUGGGCACUUAUCCAAGUUGCGUUCUCUUCAAUCGCUCAAACCGCAAUAAUACCAAUGCAAGACAUUCUCGGACUUGGAAGUUGUGCCAGGAUGAAUACUCCAGCCACUGAGGUGGGGAACUGGGGUUGGAGGAUUCCGAGUUCAACGAGCUUUGAUCAUCUGAAAACGGAAUCUGUCAAACUCAGAGAUCUAUUGUCAUUGUACGGUCGGCUUUGAGUAAAUCAUCCGACAUGUCUAAGAAGAAGAAUCUUUCGUUUUUCCUAUUAUGAUAAAAUGCAAAUAAAGAACAACGAAAGCUAUAUAUAUGCUUCGUUUGAAAACGUUAACCAGUGAUAUGGCUAUGAUUUCGCAUGUUAAACUUCACCGUUCUUUAAUAAUGUUUGUUCACGUAUCAAAGUAAUCUUA